AUGUCUUUCAACUCAAACAUCUCUCGCAUGUUCGCCCUGACACUCGGCAUGAUGGCGUGUCUGGGUGUGGCUCUCCCAGCAGUGGCACCAGAUAUGGUCGACAUGUCAUCGGAAGACCUGAGAUUGAAACUUGCCUUGAACAAAGGGAAAGGAAAGGGCAAGCGAGACACCGACGGUUACACCGAAGCUGACACUGACGCUUACACCGACGCUGACACCAACACUGACGCUGUCGUAGGCAAAGCGACCGUCCACAACGCAUGUCCCUUCUCCAUCUAUAGCAACAUUGUGCACGGCGCCCAAGACGGCACGGGUCUGCCAGAAGAGAUAUAUCAGGUCCUCGAGCCCAACGAGACAGUCUCUCACGCCUUCAGCCACGACCCCGGAGUGGGCGUAAGCUGGAAGAUUUGGCGACAAGACGAAGAUACAGACAACUGGUCGCCCAUCCAGUUGGAAUAUACCUGGAUUACAGACUCCAAGCGUACCUGGUACGACCUUAGUAUGAUCGACGCCGGCGAGCCAGACUGGCUGGAAGAGUCGGACGAAGAGAUUGUGGCUGACGCGGAUGGCUAUGGCGAGUACACGGGUAGCAUUGGGAUCAGACAUUCAUUCCAAGAGCAUGGCAUCACUCUCACUCCGCAUGUUGAUGGUGAGGAGGUUGCCGAGGGCAACUGUCUCGCGGUCCAGUGUCCGGCGGGUGAGGAGUUCUGUCUGGGCGCCUACAACACCUGGAACGACUGGGCUCAGCAACACGAUUGCGAGGAGGGUGUUGAUCUGAAGCUGGUGUUGUGUGGUUAG